GAAGGGUCUAUCGAUAUUUAUACUUUAUAAAGUAUCGAUCAAUGAAGUAGUAUCGAUACGUAAUUUUUUUUUAGGAAGACAUCGACAUGAUUUAAAAUUUAGAAUUUUCAAAUAAUAAAUAAAAUGUGUGCAACAAAAGUAUUGUUUUCAAGAUGUUUCGCUGUAUCAAAACUAAAUACACCAAUACUGAGCUAUAUUCAACAAAACUCUAUGUCAGUAUAUCCUAACUACUACAUUGAGCCAAUAUACAGAAAAGAAACCCAACAAGAACUAGUAAAAACCGGAGAGAUUAGCAAAUACAGUCAUAUCCCAACAAAAGCAACUCUCAACGGGCAAACCUGUUCAGAUUCUUAUGAUCCCGUAAUUGCUUUAUUCACAAAUUAUGUGAUGAGACAGGGCUUGAAAGCCCUAGCCAGAGAACAAAUGGACAAAUGUUUUGAAAACAUCAAAAGACUCCAACUGGAAAAGUACCACAAGUGCACCACCGAAGAAGAAAAACUAAAAAUCGAACUAGAUCCAAAAAAAGUCUUCCAUGAGGCAAUCAACAAUUCCAAACCUCUCUUACAACUUACAGGAGUCAAAAGAGGCGGAGUAAGAUAUCAAGUUCCAAUGCCCAUUACAGAUAGAAGAUCGGAAUUUAUUGCCAUGAAUUGGCUGGUGGACGCUGGCAAGGAAAAAGACAGAAAAGUAAGAUUUGCUAUGCAAUUGGCCAGAGAAUUGGUGGACGCCUCAAAUAAUACUGGGAAAGUUGUGAAGAGGAAGCAGGAUUUGCACAGGCAAUGUGAAGCUAACAAAGCUUUUGCCCAUUAUAGGUGGAGUUAAGUUUUGUUUUUGAUGUAGUUUAAGAUUUAAUAAAGAAAAAUUGCAUUUAGAAUCAUUUUUUUCCAGUUCAAUUUUUGUUUAUUCCU